AGGAAGAUGCACUGGAAGAUAAAGUAGCUGCCACUGUGUCACGUACCUGCUCGAGUCUGUCUCCGCGGAGACACCGGUGUUGGACCGCGGCUUCACGUCGACGCGACUCAGCUCCGCGCCACCAUUAGCCGUUAGCGCUAAUGUAGUCGGGGCGUCACUUUUCGCUACAGUUUGCUGAUAAAAGUGUGGCGGCGACUCAGAGACACGGCCUUUAUUCCCAGUUGCUGCAAUGGCCCACUGGAUCUGCUGCAAUUCCUGCUUCGUGUUCCCAUCCAACGAACGAAGACUCGCUAUCACCAGCUGUGGACAUGUCGUCUGCAAUGCUUGUCAUCAGAGAAGUAAACCAGGCGAGUGUUUAAUAUGCAACACAAGUUGUCAAAUUUCUCCUCUCUCUAAUAAAAGCUGCGCAGAGGUGAAGGCCUUGUUUACAGAUGUUGGUCUUACUGCGAAAAAAUAUGUCACAGAAAUCAAUAAGGUUCUCAUGUUUCAGGCACGGCAUCACAAAAGACUGCUGACACAUUACAAGCAAAAAAGUGAGAAACUGGAGCAGGAGAUGCAGCAGAUGACCAAGAAAAUGAACGAGCAGAGCUCCUACAUCUCAAAGCUUGAAUACUCUCUUCAGCAUCAGAGUGCCAAGACGUCUUCGAUGCCACCCAUGAACUUCAGUGGACGCACGCCACGUAAUUCUGUCCUUCAACCCCUUUCCAGACAUCCAUCGACUCAUAACAUAAUGGAGAUUGUGGAUGGCAGCAGCAUGUUCAGGAAAGCAAGUCCACUCAUUCAACCCAUCACCUCCUCCAGACUCUCAUUAAUCAGUUCUCCGCUGCUGGCACAGAUGGGUGCGCCACACAAGGCUUCAGCAGCCGCUCAUCCUCACAGGCCGCUCAGUCAGAACAGCUUGGCUAACACGACACGCUCUGCAACAGUCAGUAGUUGUCACGGAACACCCGUGACUCCAGGUCUGUGUCUUGAUUCGUUUGGCCGGAUGUCGGGGUGGGAGUCCCCCAUCUUCAAUCCCUCCACCCCCCACAGACGCUCCCCCAUGUCCUCCCUUGCGUCCUCCAACAAACGUGCAAACUGCACAGGGCCGUGGCGUUUGGUUCUGUGAGUAGCAAGCCGCUUGAUCCCGACUGGUCUAUCACUCUUGUUGUCUCUCAGUUUGCAAGUUUGAACCCUCUUUGUGAAUUCCAAAUAAGGAGAAACACAAAAAUGAAUGAAUAAA